UUCAAAACGACUUAUACUUACCAACAUGAUAGUUGUAGUUUGAUAAUGAAAGGAUUUGAUAAAGUUAUACGAUCAAAUUAUCAGUUGCCACUUCUUUCAAGAAAAAUCUGAAAAUGUUUGCAAUUUAAUUUUUCUUUCCUUUACGAGCAUGAAGUAAGAAAAAAAAAAAGAUAUAUAUAGAGAUAUAAAAAAAUCGUAUCAUAAGUGUAUAAUCCUCUAGUUUCUUCUGAUAAUCAUAGAAAGAUGUUAAGAACACCAGUUAGAAGAUUGGCUGUCAGAAAGCCAAUCUCAUUGUUAUCUACCAUAAGGAGUUAUCAUUCCAGAGAUCAUAAAAUAGCAGGUGAUGAACCAUUAGAAUCGCAGAUUUUAACUAAAUCAUUAGAGUAUGUUCCAACUUAUGGAUUCAAUAGUAAUUGUAUAACCAGAACCAUUAGAGAUUUGAAUUAUCCUGAUAGUUUACAAGCUAUUAUCAGUAAGGAUGGAAGUUCACCUGAAUUCAAAUUGAUGUUACAAUGGUUAAUUGAACAACGUAAGAAUUUAGAACGUGAGAUUAAACAACCUGAAAGUGAAUUCCAUAAUAUUGCUGAUGAAUAUGAUAGAGUUAGUUACUUAAUCAAAAAGAGAUUAGAGUUGAAUGAACCGGUGAUUAAACAUUUAACCUUUGGUAUUUCUCAAUUGGUGAUUCCUUAUUAUUUAAGUCAAUCAAUGGAAGAAUUACAUAAUUUAAGUGAUGAUAUUGCUUUCUUUGCAGGUGAUGGUUCUAAUGAUUUUGCGUGGUAUUCUAAAAGAAUGGGUAUUUCAUCAAUCUAUGUUAGUUCUGAAUUAUAUCAAUUGACUGAUACUAGUAAAGACUUUAAAAAUACCAAGAAAUUCGUUGAUGAUAAAGUUCAAAAAUUAAACAAUUUAGGUAAUGCUUAUAAUUCAGCUGAACAAUGGGGGAUGUUUAAUGCUAUAAGUUUAGUUAACUUGAUUAGAUCCCAAUUAGUUAGAGGUUAGAUCCUACAUGAAAUGAUAAAAGAUAAGUACCCGAAUUAUGAUUAGUAUAUAUUUUUGAAUGAAUAUAGAAUUAUUUAGACACACA